AUGAUUUUGCUAAGACUUUCCUUGUCUACAGUUCGAUCCGGAUCGUUGGAUUUCUCGGAUCCUGAAGAGUCUCAAUUUUUCGGUGUGUUUUCAGACGGCCUGCUGGCCAAGUCUGAACCCAUCCUGUCUAUGUCUGCUUUCCAGAAACCCCCACAAGCGGCCCUGCUAGAUUAUGAUUCUGCCCGGUCUUUGCAGGAUGGUACCUCUUAUUCCACCUAUGGCCAGACCCCUUAUGUUUCGACACCCCUCGUUCCCUCCCCAAUGGCCGACCAUGUGAGUCAGAUAUCGGAUUGCGUUCCAUACAUGGGGAAUCACGAGUAUGCCAGCUCCUACGAAGAGGGCCAGUCUCCUAUGAUGACGGCCGAGCCUCGUCAAUUGCCCGAGGUUAUCUCAUAUUCUCCUCAGAGAGGCUCUGAAGGCACCAGGGUCUAUGUGCAAAUCCAGUCUCCCUAUGACCUUCAUACAUCCUCCUAUGCAAUCCUCUACAUUGUCUUUGGCUCGAAGAAGUGCGAAUGCAUCCCGCACUUUGUUGGGUUCCAGGACUCUUCAUUUCAAUAUGCUCUCUCUAUCGAUACCCCUCCAUUCGCGUCGACGGGGUCAUCAUCGCUCGCGGUGCCACUCCAGGUCGCCAUGGACGGACAGAACGACUGUCCCUCUACAACUCUGCAAGUCGGUGUUUAUACAUAUGAGCAUGCCGGACAGUACUCGCCUGCUGAUGAUGACACUCGCAAGAGGAGAAUCGCACCCUUCACUGAGGAAACCAUUACCCGGCCAAUUAAGAGAGCCACCCCUCUCCCUAUGCAAGGCAAGGAAGAGCAGUCGGGUUAUGCUGCGCCAUAUUCACCCUAUCUCCAGCCCGUUCCCUCUUCCAACGGCUUUCCGACUCCAUACCACGCGACAUCAUCACCCAGAGUCGGGCCUAUGCAGUAUUCCGCUGCCUCCCAGGCAUCGAUUCGCGCACCAUCUCCCAUGACACCUUCAUGGAGCCCAUCCUACCUGUCUGUCAGUCACGAGCCCAGGAGUGCUAGCUACGCAAUUGCUCAUACUCUUCGUCAGCAAAAACCGUCCUCUCCAGCGCGGUUUUCGAACCCGACGCUCAUUCGUACUUCCACACUGCAGCAGUCCAGUGGCUUGAUUCAGUCACAGUCAUUCAACCCAUACGCUAUGUAUCCUUCUAAGGCUGUCCUCAAACUCAAUGGGGACCUGGACUCUAUGACAGAGAAUUGGACUGCGGAGGAACGUGAUGCUAAGCGCCGACUGGUGCAGUUCACUCGAAUGCAGAAUGGUAGCACCAUCCAUGCCGAUUUUAAACCCGUGGCCCCGGAAGAUCGGGCACCCAACAGCAUCUGCAUUAGCUGCAUCUACUGGGGCGGAAAAGAUGAGUGCUUCGUUACGAGUGUGGAUACCAUCUACCUUCUUGAGUCACUCGUUGGUGUUCGGUUCACCGUUGAGGAGAAGAACCGUAUCAGACGUAAUUUGGAGGGAUUCCGACCCCUGACUGUCUCGAAAGCCAAGGCAGAUAGCGAAGAUUUCUUCAAGGUUAUUAUGGGGUUCCCAGCCCCGAAGCCAAGGAACAUCGAAAAGGAUGUGAAAGUCUUUCCUUGGAAGAUCCUCAGCCAUGCCUUGAAAAAGAUCAUUGGAAAAUACUCUGCGAGCUACUCGUCCACUGCCGGGGCGCUGCCCACUUCGAUCGGAUCCAACUACGCCAGUACUGGUGCUGCGUCUGAUUCUGGAACUGAACCGCACAAUGCGACCUCCCCGCAAUCUGUUUCCGAAGGCACGCCAUCCAGCAAUUAUGGCCCUAACCUUGCAGCCCCCAUAUAUUCACCGCCAACCGAAAGCGCUGGCCCUCCCAUGAUCGGCGGUACCGAACUCCGAGCCGUCUUACCCUCCGUGAGUCAAUCAUACUCAACAAUGGCUGCACCAUACUCCUAUCCCCCCGUCUGUCACCAGCAGAACCAACUCGCUCUCACAGCCCCUGUCCCUAGGGCGUGGGAGCUCAACUCCCUUGUUACCCCUCCAACCGUGAGCGGAGCCCCUAGCUAUAGCUACAUGGCUCCCAUGUCUUAUCCUGUUCCUGGGCCUCCUCACGGCCCCUAA